AUGCAUUAUAAGCCCAUUAUACAACGCCGAUACUUCGGUGCCAUUACUUGCGAAUCGUGUAAAGCAUUCUUCAGGAGGAAUGCACUCAAAGAUAAGAUAUGGAAAUGCCCUUCGGAUGGAAAGUGUCAAAUAACUGCAACCACUAAAAAGUUGUGUAAAACAUGUAGACUAAAUAAGUGUUUUGCUGUGGGUAUGAGAAAGGAAUUGAUACUUACGGACGAGGAAAGGGAGGAAAGGAGACAAUUAGUGGAAGAAAAUAGACACAAACGAAAACAAUUGCGUGAAAGUCAAAACACAUCCUCAGAAGCAAAUGAACCCUCAAAUUCACAAUCACUUGAGUCGACCAUUUCUAGUAAUUGUGGUGACAGUGACUCCUUGGAUGAUAUAAUAGGAUGUGUUUCGGAUGAUACCGAUGAGGACCUGAGCGCACAGAUCAUGGAAAUUGAAAAUUAUGUCAAUAGUGAGCACUCGGACCACAGUAUUGAGGCAUUGGGUGAUAGACCUAAGUUAGAAACACGACAAAUAGCUAUUGUUCCCAUGUUUAAAGGUCUCACAGAUUAUAACACUUUGAAUGAAUUGGAAAUCAAUAAACUUGGAGAGUUAUUGAGCUUGUCCAAAAUAUUUGAGUACCCGUCCAGUAAACACUUGUUAAAACUUAAGGACAUAACACAAUACCUCAAGAUUACUCCUAAAAGAGCGGAAGAAACUGUCAGAGAAUUGCUAAGUUUUAGCAAAGGGUUGAGUGGAUUCACUAAUGAUAAAGACACCUCAGUUAUAGCUAGUUUGGAUUUAUUUAAUGACGAGAUGUCCAGAUAUCUACUAUUGAAAUGUCGAUCGGAUUGUGAAUCUCAGGAAAGAUUAUGUAAACUAAUGAACACUUUCGCCAAUAUCUACGAAAUAAGACGAAACUUUUUCGUAUUUACGUGCGAUUCGUGUAAGUAUUUCUUUAGACGCUAUGCGCUCAACGAUAAGCCAUUUAAAUGUCCAACGAGUGGGAAAUGUGUUAUAAACCCACAAACAAGAUCUUUGUGCAAGAAAUGUAGACUUCACAAAUGUUUUGAAGUUGGAAUGAGAAAGGAAUUGAUACGAAGUGAUGCCGAAAAUCAAUUGAGAAAACUUGAAGUCCGGGAGAAUAAACGCAAACUAAACUUAUUAAACGAAUACAAGAACUCCGUUGAUUCAGAAUAUUCUGAUUAUUCAACAAGCAGUUUAUUACCACGGUCAUAUGAAAAUGAUGACAGGGAUUUUAUUUUAGAUUUAAUUGAAAAUACUCUGAAUAUAAGUGAUGAACGGAUCAAGGAAAUUGAAAGCUAUUUGUCCCUGACCACAUCAAAUACUUACUUAUCAUUAGAUGAGAUAUUAGCAAAAUAUGAGAAAUUCUUUAUAAUUCCUGUAUUCAGAGAACUCGUGGAUUAUAACGGGUUGAAUGAAUUGGAGUCCAAUCGGAUAUCCGAGUUAUUAAACGCGUCUAAAAUAAUAAACUAUCCCAUGACUAAAAAUAAUUUUAUGAUCACUGAUUGGGAUGAGUUAGUUAAAGUGACAUCUUAUAGGACCGAGGUGCAGAUUCAAGAAUUUAUAACUUUUUGCAAAACAUUUAAUGGAUUAUCAAAUCUAUGUUCAGCUGAUCAGUCCAUAUUAAUUAAGUACGGAUUAAUGGAGUUAUUUGUAAUCUAUCAUCUAUUAUGCUAUAAUAAGGAUACUCAGAAGUUUACAAUAUAUUUAGAUGAUGAUAAUUCUGUGAUCGUUGGCUACGAGUAUUUUGAAUAUAAGGACAUUGAUUAUUUGCAUAUUAUGAGGGACUUAUUGGACAAGUUGUUGCCUGAAAUUAAACGAGAUUUUGUUAUAAAAAACUUGAUUAUAUGGAUUAUUAUCGCUAUAUCGGACCACGCAUGA